AGUUCCAUCUCCCCUGUUCUCACAUUCAUCACCAAGCAGCUAAGAUACGGUCUUUUCGCCUCCUUUCAACACCCUUUUGGCCUUUUAUUCUUCGGAGCCUCAGAGCAAAGCUUGAGGUCGUGAGAGAAUCAAAGGGUUGAAAUUCUGUGUGGUUGUUGUUGGAGGUUGAUAGACAAUUCCUGCAGACACCAGGAACCUGACCCUGUAAACCCUUUUUUAAAGCUUCAAUCUUGAGUCCUAUGGCGACUUGGGUAUUAUCAGAAUGUGGCAUGAAGCCUCUUGCUCCAGUGUUUCCUAGACCUAGAAUUGGGGCUGCUUUGUCCAGCUCCUCCAAGGUUGGAUUUUCGGACACAAACAAGAGUGUUGCUGAUCUUAAGUUUCAACCUUUGAGAUGUAACCUUAGGGAUAGAAAUUGGGGGUUGAAAGUGAGUACCCCUUUGAGGGUGGCUUCCACUGAAGAGGAGGGACAAACUAAUGUUGUUGAUGUAAUUAAUGGGACUAAUGGGGUUGAUCAUGAGAAGCGUCCAGAAUUUGACCCUGGUGCUGCACCACCAUUCAACUUGGCUGAGAUUAGGGCUGCUAUUCCAAAGCAUUGCUGGGUGAAGGACCCUUGGAAGUCCAUGAGCUAUGUGGCGAGGGAUGUCAUUGUUGUCUUAGGAUUGGCUGCUGGUGCUGCAUAUCUCAAUAAUUGGUUGGUCUGGCCUCUCUAUUGGGCUGCUCAAGGCACAAUGUUUUGGGCUCUGUUUGUUCUUGGUCAUGACUGCGGUCAUGGAAGCUUUUCAAACAACCCCAAUUUGAACAGUGUUGUUGGGCAUCUGCUACAUUCGUCAAUUCUAGUACCAUAUCACGGAUGGAGAAUAAGUCAUAGGACUCAUCACCAAAAUCAUGGCCAUGUUGAAAAUGAUGAAUCUUGGCACCCGUUGUCUGAAAGAGUUUUCAGGAGCUUGGACACUGCAACACGUAUGUUAAGAUUCACUGUCCCUUUUCCACUGCUUGCAUAUCCUGUUUACCUUUGGCAGAGGAGUCCUGGGAAGACUGGUUCUCACUUUGACCCUAGCAGUGAUUUGUUCCUUCCAAAUGAAAGAAAAGAUGUUCUUACUUCCACAGCUUGUUGGGCUGCUAUGUUGGGAUUGCUUGUUGGAUUAGGGUUUGUAAUCGGUCCAAUUCAACUGCUUAAGCUUUAUGGUGUUCCCUAUAUGUUGUUCGUUAUGUGGUUGGACUUGGUAACUUAUUUGCACCAUCAUGGCCAUGAAGACAAGUUACCUUGGUAUCGUGGAAAGGAAUGGAGCUACCUUAGAGGUGGUCUAACUACUCUUGAUCGUGAUUAUGGAUGGCUCAAUAACAUCCACCAUGACAUUGGAACUCAUGUCAUUCAUCACCUAUUUCCUCAAAUUCCACACUAUCACUUGGUUGAGGCUACUGAGGCAGCUAAGCCAGUGUUUGGAGAAUAUUAUAGAGAGCCAAAGAAAUCAGGUCCUCUUCCUUUUCACCUUAUUGGGGACUUAAUAAGGAGCUUGAAGACUGACCAUUUUGUUAGUGACACAGGAGAUGUUGUGUACUAUCAAACUGACUCUGAGAUUAAUGGCUCAGCCAAAUCAGAGUGAAGUUUAGAAUUCUUUUCCAUAUAUAGACAAGAGAGACUUAGAUGCAGUUCUUAAGCUUGUAAAAUUGUAUUGAGUUUCUCUUGAAGUUACUGUACUUAGAGUUGAAUCCUUCAUUUAAUAAAGGGAUGGAUGGAUCGUAUAAUUUUAUUGUAA